UCGCAACAAUUUUCGAAUUUUUUCACAGUUCAGUAUCCGACCAACCGUCAUCAGAGUACGACAACGGCUCUGACACUGUCCGACGCUAGCUACCACCAUGCGUAACAAUUGUCGGAAGAAUUUUGUGCUGGUAGUGAGCGUUUUCAUACUGCUAGCGUAUGUGUUCCUAACCUUAUUCUACGACGGUGGUCGCGGACGUUUCGACAAUGUGUUAAAGCGAAUUGCGCUUGUCCAACAGCGAAACAUGUCCAACAGAAUUUAUCCGAAAGAAGAAAUACUCUCAACAACUUCUCCAUCCACACCCAGUACAACGCUGUUCAAGUACGUCUAUACAACGCUUGGACUCGACGCUAGAUAUCCAGUGCCUCCGGGUGAUCUAGGAAAUUCGGUGGAGGUCGACCAUAACGACACCGACGUAUCGAAACUGGUAGCAGAUGGAUUGAUCGAUCAAGGACUCAACCAAUUCUCUUCGGAUCUGAUGUCCCUGCGAAGACGGUUGCCCGAAUAUCGAGACCCGUGGUGCCGUGAACCUGGACGAUACCGAUCCGAUUUACCACCAACGUCGAUCGUGAUCGUGUUCUACAACGAAGCGUGGUCAGUGUUGGUGCGUACGGUGCACUCCAUUCUCGAUCGAUCACCUGCUCGGCUAGUGCACGAGAUAGUACUCGUGGAUGAUUUCAGCAAUUUGCCUCAUCUGAAAACACAGCUAGAGGAAUACUUUGCUAGCUACCCGAAGAUCCGCAUCGUUCGAGCUCCAGAACGGCUAGGAUUAAUCCGGGCACGAAUGCUUGGUGGGAAGAGCACAAAGACGGAUGUUAUUACGUUCCUUGAUGCACACGUUGAGGUUACUGUAGGAUGGCUAGAAGCGCUAAUACAGCCAGUCGCCGAGAAUUGGACCACGAUCACUCUCCCGACAAUCGAUUGGAUCGACGAGAACACAAUGAAAUACCGCGACGAUAAGGCACCGACCUUCGUAGGUGCAUACGACUGGGACCUUAACUUUGGUUGGUGGAGUCGAUGGUCGUUAAAAAAGCAGUACGAAAACAAGAUGGUGCCGUUCGAUACACCCGCCAUGGCUGGCGGGCUGUUUACAAUCGCCAGGAAGUUCUUCGAUCGAAUCGGUUGGUAUGAUGAGGGAUUCGAUAUCUACGGCAUCGAAAACAUCGAGCUGUCAGUGAAGAGUUGGAUGUGUGGUGGAAAGUUGGUGACGGUUCCCUGCUCACGGGUAGGACACAUUCAGAAGACGAGUCAUCCGUACCUUGCCAAACAACCGAAGGACGUUGUGCGUGCGAACUCGAUCCGCCUGGCCGAAGUGUGGAUGGACGAGUACAAGCAUAUCAUUUUCGAUAUCUACGGCAUUCCAAAGUACGCUGAGGAGGAGUUUGGCUCGGUGGCAACACGCAAAGCCAUCAGACAGAGUGCUAACUGCCAGUCGUUCCGAUACUACCUGACGAACGUUUUCCCCGAAAUGCACAACCCGCUGGUUGCGGGUGCGUUUCGUGGGGAGGUUCACAAUGCGGCGUUGGGCAAUGGCAGUUGUUUGACGUAUCGGCACCGUGAUAAUUUCAUUGGCAUGGCACCUUGUGAUCACCUGGAGAAGGAUCAAUUUUGGACGCACAACUACUAUCAGGAGCUGAACAGUUACAGAAAUUGCAUCGAUGCCGUUUCGAAUGUAGUGGAAGUGUACAUGUGCCACAGGCUGCGAGGCAACCAGGCAUGGAAUUUCUUGGUGGAAAGCCGUCAGAUAGAGAGUGCAGAGCACAAGCUCUGUCUAGCAUUGAAUUUGAAGACAAACACGACCCUUGUUCUGGAGAAAUGUGAUACAACGAAGCUGAACCAACAGUGGGACGUUUCAUUCAUCGACUUGGACGUUUCAAUGCUGGAGGAACAUUAAUCAAGAAAAAAAAACUCAAGUUUACAGUAGCCGUGAGAUUAAUGUAUCGAACACAAUCGUGUUAAUAUACUUGGCGCUAAAAGGUCCCGACCUAAAUCAUUCCUUUUCAUC